AUGACGAAGUUUUCCGAAUCUAGAAUGAAGGAAGUUAGAGUUUAUAUCACUGUCAGUGUAGUUGCUUUUGGUAUAUGCAUUGCAGUUGCAGCUUCUGCAAUUUAUGUGAUCCUUUGUAGGAAGAAAAAGAAGAAGAUAAAUCAUGGUUCAUCAUCAUGCAUCAAAAAUGCUGACUUGGACUUCCAAAAACUGAAUUUAAGUGUGAGAACCGCAAGUGAAAAGAAAGUUUCGUUUGAAUCAUCUUCCCAAAUGGAAUCUUUAGAUGAUCAUAUACUACUCCCCACCACCCCUGGUAAGCUUUCGACCAUGGUGGUGGAGAGUUACACGGUGGAGGAACUUAGUUCAGCUACAACUGAAUUCUCCUCCACCAACCUCAUUGAAGGAUCUGUGUAUCAUGGUCGCCUCAAGGGUAAAAAUGUGGCGAUCAAAUGCACAGAUCACGACACUAUCUCCAAGAUCAACUUUGAGCUCUUUAAUGGCCCGGCUCGUUUUCACCCUAAUAUUAUUAGACUAUUGGGUGUUUGUACCGGUACAGAAGCCUAUGAUCCAAUGAUCACAACAAUACGCGAUGAAUUCUUGGUAUUUGAAUACGCAAAAAAUGGAUCUUUGAAAGAUUGGAUUCAUGGUGGUUUAGCAAUGAAGAGCCAUUUCAUUGCAUCAUGUUCAUGUUUCUUGACAUGGAACCAAAGGCUCAAGAUUUGUUUGGAUGUAGCCACCGCCUUACAAUACAUGCAUCAAAUAGUUAAGUCGGGCUAUGUCCAUAAGAACAUUAAGAGUCGGAAUAUAUUCCUAGAUGAAGAAUUCCAUGCCAAAGUUGGUAACUUUGCCAUGGAAGAAUGUGUCAAAGAUGUAAUUUAUCCCGAUGAAGUACCUUCUUCGGGAUAUAUAUAUUCCAAUUAUCCCACAACUUGGGAUAAAGGGUACAUGGCACCUGAAUUCUUAACUUCAGAUGUCGUUACUCCAAAUAUGGAUAUUUAUGCUUUUGGGGUUGUUUUACUUGAAAUUUUAUCUGGAAAACCGCCAAUUAAGUGGGAUAAAUCAUAUAAUAUUGAUGAAGGUUCCCAUUUAUCGAAACAAAUCAAGGGUUUACUUGAUUCAGGUAGUGUUGCUGAUAAGAGGGAAUGGAUGGACAAUGCACUUGGUGAUAAUUACCCGUUUGAUAGAGCGAUGGUGUUAGCGAAUCUUGCAAGAGCAUGUGUGAAUGACGAUCCAUCAAUAAGACCGAGUGCCGGAGAACUUGUGCUUACGUUGUCUGAAUUAAUGGUGGAAAGGGAGGAGCAAGUGAUUGUCCGGGAAAGCUCUUGCAGGCCUCUUGUGGCACAGCCGUUGACAGUUUAA